AUGCUCACCAAGGCUCUGGCCGUCGCGGCUUUGGCUGCUGUCCCGGCCUUGGCAACCCCUGCCGUCAACGUUUACUGGGGACAGAAGGGCGUGGCCACAGAUAGGCUCAGGACCUUUUGCGAUGACUCCAGCUUUGAGUAUGUCACUGUCGGCUUCAUCAACAAGUCGCCCGAGCAGGAUCCGUCCAGCUUGAAGUACCCGGGAAGCGACUUCGCUGUUCAUUGCGUCGAGGCCAAGUACAAGGACCCCAACGAAGUGGACUCGAACCUCCUUGCCCGCUGUGGUCAGAUCGCCGCCGAUGUCCGGUAUUGUCAGAAGAAGGGAAAGAAGGUGCUUCUCUCUAUCGGCGGCCAGUGGGAUCCGCCCCAUACCGACUACACCAUCUCAAGCGGGCCUGCCGGCGAGUACUUUGCCGACUUCAUCUGGGGCGCCUUUGGUCCCUACAACAAGGACUGGGAGGGCAAGCCAAGGCCGUUUGACGACUACUAUGGCGCCGAGGAGGGCGAUGAGCACUUUGUAUUUGACGGCUUCGACUUUGAUAUCGAGCACAAGUUCGAGGACCAAACCGGCUAUGUUGCCAUGGUCCGGCGUCUACGUGGCUUGACCAGCCUGGACACGAGCAGGAAGUACCUCAUCACUGCGGCUCCCGAAUGCCCCUUGGAGGAUAAAUAUUUCAAGAUGAAAACCAUCAUCAACGAAUGCCAGUUUGAUGCCUUAUUCAUCCAGUUCUACAACAACGACAUGUGCGCUGGAGUGAACAACAACAACUUCGAUGCCUGGGCCUCGUAUCUCAAGAACACCGCCAGCAAGAAUGCCAAGAUCUUCCUCGGGCUGCCUGGUUCCAAAGCGGCUGCUGGUUCGGGGUACCUCCAGCCUUCGCAGGCACACGCUCUGAUUAACAAGCACAAGAACAAGCCGGCUUUUGGCGGUGUUAUGGUGUGGGAUGCCGUUUACGGCAGCGAGAAGUUCAGCGGCACCCGUUACUACGACCUCAUGCAUGAGUAUGCUUGCGGGCCGGCGUCCCCAACCACCACGUCCACCGGCCCGACCCCAACUCCGACUGCCUGCGUUAGGUGGCAUAACGUUGUCGGCGGCGACACUUGCUUUGAUAUUGCCAACUACUACGGGAUGACUCUGGAUGACUUGAUGGCCCUCAACCUUGGGAUUGACUGCCUGCUACUAGCGCUUGACCAAAAGGUUUGCGUGAAGUUUGGCAUCCCGCCUCCCGUCACCACUUCGACCACCAGCACUUCGACCAGCUCCAGCACUUCGACCAGCUCCAGCACUUCGACCAGCUCCAGCACUUCGACCAGCACCUCGACCAGCACCUCGACCAGCACCUCGACCAGCACCUCGACCAGCACCACGACCAGCACCUCGACCAGCACCUCGACCAGCACCUCGGCCAGCACUAGCACUAGCACUAGCACAUCUACCACCUCCACCACGGCCGAGCCUUCCUCCUCGGUUGAGUCCACUUCAACCGCCGAGACUGCCACCGAGACUGCCACCGAGACUGCCACCGAGACUGCCACCGAGACUGCCACCGAGACUGCCACCGAGACUGCCACCGAGACUGCCACCGAAUCCGUUUCUGAGUCUGUCUCUGAGUCUGCCACCGAGGCUGCCACCGAAACUGCCACGGAAACCUCCACCAUCACCUCCGCCCCUGAAGUCACUCCGACAACCAGCAGCGAAACGGCGACUGCUACUUCGACUGAGGACGAUGACACUUGUGAAGAUGAGGAGACUAGCACCUCAGCCGUAGAGUCCGCCACCGAGUCUGUGACUAUUACCUCGGCCCCCGAGCCAACCUCCACCAGCAGUGAUGUGGCUACCAGCACCUCGACUGGCGAGGACGACACUUGUGAGGAUGACGAAACCAGCACCUCCGCUGUCGAGUCCGCCACCAAGUCCGCUACAAUCACCUCUGCGCCUGAUUCUACUUCGACUGACAGCGGCGAGCCGGCCACCAGCACCUCGACUGAGGAUGACACUUGUGAGGAUGACGAGACUGGCACUUCGGCUGUCGAAUCUGUCACCGAGACUGCCACUGAGACUCCCACCGAGACUGCCGUCGAGACUGCCACUGAGACUGCCACUGAGACGGCCACAUCGUCCGAUGCCUCCAUUACCGGCACGUCGACUUCGGACGGCGGCGCCAGCCCCAGUAUCACCGCUUCCCAGAGCAUGACGACGUCGACCAUCUACACGACCACCACCUACACCAUAACCUCGUGCGCGCCGAGUGUGACUUCAUGUCCCGGCCGCGUCGUGACCGAGACUAUUGCCGUCAGCACCACUGUCUGCCCCAUCACUGAUGUUGUCGGCGGCCCCUCCUCCACCCCCUCGGUUGACUCGCCCGAGCCGACUUCCUCGGUCGACUCGCCCAAUCCGACCCCCGGUGAGGGCGGCGAUGAUGACGACGAGGCCGACUUGACCUCGACCACCGCGAUCACCACCACGCGCUUUACCACGCUGACGGUGCCCAAGCCCGAGCCUACCACUCCCGUCGAGGAGCCCACCACUGCCGUCGAGCAGACUACCCCUUCGUCGGCGCUCUCGUCGGCCCCGUCGGCCGGCUUCCCCACCACGUCGGGCUUCCCGUCGACGACUACACUGCCCGUAACUGGCGGUGCUGGCCGCAAUGCCGUGGCUCUUGGUGUGCCUGCGGUAGUGGCGGCGCUGUUCUUUGCUCUUUAA